AUGGCGACUUUGACGAGUUCUACGGUUUCGGAGUGUCAGAAGUUUUUCUUUUUCUUGUCUCGACUAAUCCGGGAAUAUCAAGAUUCAUAAUGAUCAGGUGUUCCAUGUGUAUGGCUGAGGAAAUCCUACAUAUUAUCUUCCCUAAAACUCACCUGUUUUCCGUAUAAAAAUUAAUUCGUGUCGCUCGGAUUUGUGUGAAGUUUAUAAUUUCCUUUGUAUGUUGAUUGGAAUUAAGAAGCCUACGUUUCACAAUUGAAAGGUUAUUCCUGAUGUCUGAAGCUGAUUCAACGAUGCCAAGAACUAAGCAAUCUAUUGAACACACUGGAUUUAAAACGAUCGAGAACAUUGGCAAACUUGUUUUGCACCUUAUUCUUCGGUUCUGGAGAGCAUGCAGUGCGGCCAUGCUAACGCUUCUUCUUCUUUAUUGGUUAUACGGAGGAGUUGUCAGCUUUUUGUUGUUAACAGCAGCAGUGUUUGGCGCCCUGUACCAUUAUCAAGACACUUUGCUUUACUUCCCGGAACAACCUGUCACAUCAAGAGUGUAUGUCCAGAACCCUGCUGUCCUGGGUUUGCCAUUCGAAAAUUUGUUCAUCAAGACACAAGAUGGCGUGAAUAUUAACGCUAUAUUUAUAAAACAAACACCUCAGUUUCAGAGCUCUGUUCCCACCGUGUUGUUUUUUCAUGGAAAUGCAGGAAAUGUCGGCCACAGACUAAUUAAUGCAAGGAGCUGGCAUAACUACUGUGGUUGCAAUAUAUUAUUGGUGGAGUACAGAGGAUAUGGAAAGAGUGAGGGCUCUCCCAGUGAACAUGGGUUUGAGUUGGACUCAGAAGCUGCUUUUUCUUAUCUGUUAUCGCGGACUGAUAUAGACACAAAUAAAAUUGUUAUAUUUGGACGUUCCUUGGGUGGGGCAGUGGCAAUUGCUCUGGCAUCAAAUGAACUUUAUCUGGAUAAAGCAUUUGCUUUGAUUGUGGAGAACACAUUUACGAGUAUUCCAAGCAUGGCCAAUCAGCUUGUUAAUGGGCUUGGUAAACUGCCUUACUUCUGCUUUAGAAACAAGUUUGAUUCUUUGAAGAAGAUCCGCAAGUCAAGAGUUCCAACCCUUUUUCUGUCUGGAUUGGCUGAUCAACUGAUCCCUCCAAGAAUGAUGACUAGCCUCUAUAAGGCAUCAGGAUCCUGUCUUAAGAAAAUGGAAUGCUUUGAUCGUGGAACACACAAUGAAACGUGGCAAUGCUAUGGGUAUUUUGAUGGAAUUGCAAGAUUUUUAUGUGAGGUUCAUCAAGCUAGAGAAGCUGGUGUGAUUGGACCACCAAUUUUAAAAGAGAACCCCAACGUUCCUGGGGGCCCCUCCACCUCAGCUGUUCUCAAUGUACACAGCCGCACUGAAGAUAUUUAAUUCAAAAUAAGAAUGAAGAAGUACCCUAGUCGAGUGAAAUAUAAAUAACAAUGCCAGCCAUAGAUAAAGGUUAUUUUUGACAUAGUUUUGUGUUCCAAUGAAUUGGACAGUAAGCACUAAGUCUAUGGGAGUUGUUAGUUGGACAAGGGGGGAGUCUCAAUUUAAAAUGGUUUAAUUGGUUGAAGGUGAAGGGCUGUUCGACUGCUUUUGCAUCCAUCGUGGCAAAUAGGUGAAUUGUUUAUUAGUAUCAGUUGAAUCCAUGAGUCUUAAGACGGUGUGACUUUCCUCAAUCGGAAUUUGCAAUCUGUAAAUUCAACUUUUCAUUCCAAGGCUGAGUAUGAGUCAAAGCAAUAAAUAAAAGGAAUACAUCAUAGAA